UGGGGUGAUGGCCCUCCCCAUCCCUCCCCAUAGAGGGCCCUGGGCUCUGGGGAGGCAGCAUGGUGGGCUCUGGGGUCCCAGCUUUGGGCCUCUUCCUGCUGAUGCAGGGCUCAGUAGAUGGGAAUGGGAUCCAGGGAUUCUUCUAUCCAUGGAGCUGCGAGGGAGACGUCUGGGACCGGGAGAGCUGCGGGGGUCAGGCUGCCAUUGAGAACCCCAACCUGUGCCUGCGUCUGCGGUGCUGCUACCGGGAUGGAGUGUGCUACCACCAGCGGCCGGACGAGAACAUGCGGCGGAAGCAUAUGUGGGCGCUGGGCUGGACGUGCGGCGGCCUCCUCUUCCUGAUCUGCAGCAUCUGCCUGUUCUGGUGGGCCAAGCGCCGGGACCUGCUGCGCCUGCCCCGGUUCCUGCGGGGCAGGUGCGACCUCUCCAAGACGGUCUCUCUGCUGUCCAAGGACCGGACGCCGAGCGAGAAGAAGACGUCCCUGGGCAGCAUGCCCACCUCGCUGACCACGGACGCGCCCCUGGAUGCCUCGGGGACCACCGAAGGGGAGGGGACAGAAGGGGGCGAGGAAACGGAGGGGGAGGAGGACUAGGGGCACCCCUGGCGGGCCCCCUCAAUACAGA